CUGUUUCUCGACACCGUGAACCGGUACAUGCUGGACUUCGACUUUGAGAAGCUGUGCUCGGUGUCAUUAUCGAACUUGAAUGUGUAUGCUUGCUUGGUGUGUGGGAAGUACUUCCAAGGUACAGGGAAGUCGUCGCAUGCGUAUUUUCAUAGUUUACAUGAAGAUCACCACGUCUUUAUCAACCUGCAUACCCUGAAAGUUUACAUACUACCCGAUGGUUACGAGGUGACGGAAGCUUCGUUGACCGACAUUAAAGAUGUCCUCAAACCAAGUUUCACACGCGAACAAGUCGCCCGAUUGGAUAAAGUGAAUCCAUAUGCGUACGAUCUGAACAACAAACGAUACCUGCCAGGAUUUGUUGGACUGAACAAUAUCAAAGCGAACGACUACCUGAACGUCAUUGUGCAGGCUUUAGCUCACGUCGAACCGAUCAGGAAUCAUUUCCUGCUGGAUGAUGGCGAUCAGGGCAGCGAGUUAGUACGCCGGUUUGGAAUGCUCAUCCGCAAAGUCUGGAACCCGCGGGCGUUCAAAGGCCAAGUCAGCCCACACGAACUGCUACAGGAAAUUUCUAACGCCAGCACCAAACGCUUCCGCCUCAGCCAGCAGUCAGAUCCCAUCGAUCUACUCUCCUGGUUCCUCAAUGCAUUGCACGUGGGCAUGGGCGGAAAACGGAAACCGGGAAGCAGCCUCAUCCACCAAACGUUCCAAGGCGAAGUCCGCAUCGACGAGCAGGCCAUUCUCGUCCGCGAAACCAGUGACGAAUCCGGAUCAGAUAAGAAGAAAAAGAUUUUCGACACCUCACGAGAAAUCACAACCAAACGCACACCAUUUAUGGUACUCACCCUGGAUGUACCUCCGCCACCGCUCUUCCAGGAUGAAGCGGAUAAGAACAUCAUCCCGCAGGUGCCGCUCACCACUCUGUUGAGCAAAUACGAUGGCGUCACUGGCCAGGAGAGUGGGAAUGUGCUAAGGCGGUACAAGAUUACGAAACUGCCACGGUAUCUGGUGUUCCACAUCAAGCGGUUCACGAAGAAUAAUUGGAACUUGGAGAAGAAUCCUACGAUUGUCAACUUUCCGAUCAAAAAUGUUGAUAUGACCGAAUUCGUAGAAGGCCCCGACGCCCUUCACUCCACCCGCUACGACCUCGUCGCCAACAUUUGCCAUGAAGGCAAACCUGGUCCCGGCAACGGUAUCUACAAGGUGCAUGUGCAUGACCGUGCGAAGGAUCAGUGGUUUGCGAUCCAGGAUCUGUUUGUGGAGGAGAUCAUGGCGCCCAUGAUCUUCUUAAGUGAGAGUUAUAUACAGGUAGGGCCCGAUGUGUGAGAGGGGUAUUUGCUUCGAGUGUACCUGCCCACCCUGAUUGACCUCUGUUCAACUGGUAGAUUUGGGAACGCAAGCAAACGUAGAUUUAUGCAUGUGUCUGCUUUUCGCUGAACCGUAGACUGGGGAGACUGAGAUUGGCUUCGGUACUUGGAAGGAGCUCGGGUACUUUCCACCUACGGGCCGUCGCACGCUUCCCGCCUGUAUUUACCUGUUUCUGAGCGCUGAAUAGGAGCAUCCCUUCUAGCCAUACCAUAUAUAUGUUCUCGUACGUAGCUUACCAUAACAUGAUUGUCCCUGGG